UCUGCACCGCCUCCGCGGGGACAAUAGCGCGGGGCCAUGUCGUCCGCCGGCGGUCGCCAGCCCAGCCAGAGCCGGGCUAUCCCCACCCGCACCGUCACCCUCAGCGACGCGGCGCAGCUCCCCUCGGAUUACUGCACCACCCCCGGCGGCACCCUCUUCUCCACCACACCGGGAGGCACUCGGAUCAUCUACGACCGCAAGUUCCUGCUGGACCGUCGCAACUCGCCCAUGGCUCAGACACCGCCUUGUCACCUCCCCGAUAUACCUGGCGUCACCAGCCCCGGCUCGGCUGGUGAUGAGCCCAAAGCAGACGCCAACAGCUUGAACCACCAGGAGGGGAAGCCGUCCGUGGGGGACGAUGCUCAGUUCGAGAUGGACAUCUGAGCGGGAACCACGGAGCGGCAGUGGCGACUCCCCAGACCUGUGCACCCCCCAUUCGGCUUAGCAGGAGCCGUCCUGGCGAGGCGGAGGUGGCAGCAGUCCCCACCACACCCUCCUCCCUACCUGCAUCCCCUCCACUUUUUCUGGGGAGUGUGGCUCUGGCUUCACUCCCUCUCUAAUGGGUGACUGGUCCCAGCGCGUGCCGACCAUAGGAGCCCUUCCAGAUCCAGCCCUAUUCCUCCUCCUCCUCCACCCACCAGCAGCCUGAUCUCCACCAGGCUUCUUAAAACAUCCCUUUGCCUCUUUUGAUGCCUCACGCUCCCUCCAAGCUCCACAAACGCCCCUGCCAUUCCCCCAAACCUCCUCUAGCUGGCAGCUUGGUGAUCCAGAGCUGCAUCCCCCCUGUUCACCCCUUCUCCUGGAAAAUUCAGGCAGCCCCUUGGGAGGAGGGAGAAGGGGUCACUUCUAAACUCCAAGUGCCCGUUUGCACCCUGGGGAGGUCAGAUCCUCCAGAACCUGCUGGCAUUUGGUGGAGGAUGAUUUGGCAGCCCCUUCCCUUUGGUGCUCUGGGGCUCUGUGUUGGUCCCUAACAGCGUCGGGCAGUGCUUCUGCGUCUCUCCUACCCGGAUUUAUUCCGUUGUGGCCUUUCAACCAGGGGAUGUAUCCCUGACCCACCAGCCAGGACUUGGAGCCAUAGGUUACAAAAAAAACCCCCACCCUUGUUUUUAUUUUGCUGUUGGUACUAAAAUGGGGCACUUUACCCACAAUGCUUCUUUAUUUUUCUGGGGCUGGGGACAAGCAUCUCUGGGAAAGUGCUUUGUUUUUUAAACCUUCUCCCACCCCCUCGCCUUUUAAAAUGUGAAUAAUGCAGGAGCAAAAUCCCUUGGCACCAUCGGAUGUCUCAGGAAUAGCCCAGGGGGGAAUGCAGGAUGCUGCAGGGAUGUGGUGCUGCAGGUGGGAGCAUCUCUUGGUGUGCUCCACUUGCAGGAUCCUGUUUUUUGUGCCAUUGUCCACUUGCUCUUCAGGGUGCUCUGGUUGCAGGGUGCUGCUGUCGGUGCCUGUCAUCCACCUGCUCUUCAGGGUGCUUUGCUUGCAAGGUGCCAGCGUUGGUGCCAUAGUCUACUUGCUCUUCAGGGUGCUCUGGUUGCAGGGUGCUGCUGUCAGUGUCCGUCAUCCACCUGCUCUUCAGGGUGCUUUGCUUGCAAGGUCCCAGCGUUGGUGCUAUUGUCCCUUUGCUCUUCAGGGCGCUACAGUUGCAGGAUGCUGCCAUCAGUGUCGUUGUGAGCUUGCUGUUCAGGGUGCUCUGCUUGUGGGGUCCCAGUGUUGGUGCCACUUGCUCUUUGGGUUGCUCCACUUGCAGGGUACCAGCACUGGUGCUGUCAUCCACUUCUUUUUCAAGGUGCUUCAGUUGCAGGGUGCCUGUGCUGUCUUCCACGUGCUUUUCAGGGCACUCUAGUUGCAGGGUCCCAGCACUGGUACUGUCAUCCAUGUGCUUUUUGGAGUGCUCCAGCUGCAGGGUGCCAGCACUGGUGCCAUCAUCCACUUGUUUUCCAAGGUGCUCCAGUUGCAAGGGUGCCAGUGCCUGCUUGCUCUUUGGGUCACUCUGCUUGCAGGAUGCUGGCAUCAGUGCCAUCAUCCACCAGCUUUCUCUGCUGGGUUAUGCUGCUGUGGAUAAAUUUCCUGCUGCUGGCAGUUUUGCCAGCCUGGCAUGUCACUGCCAUCCUGUAUCUCAACCCUCCCCCCGCUACUUUUGGUGUGACUCUUCUUAAAGAGGAACAUCUGGUGAGGGAGUGCCUGGUUGGGGACACCGCAGCAGUGCCAUGCUGUGCGCCUCAAACCCACCACCUCCCCCACCUUACAUCUCUUUUACUACCUAUUGAGUGCCAUCAACACCUUUUAUGACCUUCUCAAGUGCCAUUUUAUCAAGCUCCCACCUGAGUGCCUGCUCCCCCUCACCAGGGUUGGUACCCAGCCCUGGGGACCCGUUGCAUGCUGGGGUGAUGGCUCUGCAUGCCAGGGAUGGAUCCGCCCCGCAUCAGCAUCCGUAGCGCAGGCUUUGUGCACUUUCUGUCCGGUAAUUUAUUCCUCUAGGUGCGUCAGGCGCAGGUCAGCUGGGUGUGAGCGCCCAUCUGCCAACAACAAGGAGUGGUGCUAGGUGGUUGCUGCUCGUUUUAGGAGGAAAAGGCAAAAAACCCCCAAACAACCCAGAAAACAACCAAUGGAGGGAGGUGUUUCUCCCAGCUUUCCCCCUGGGACGAGCAGCGCUGGGUGGGAUGCGACGUGAAGACGUAGCCGGCUGUCCUAGGCGCACGAGUGAGUGCCAGUCGAAGCGUGUGUGUGCGUGCGUGGGUGGGUGGGUGGGUGGUAGACAGAGAUAUAUCUUAUAUAGAAAUAAAUAUAUUUUCCUUUAAAGCUGAAAGAUCCUAGGAGGUCUGCGAGGCCCUCAGAUGGAGGGCGAGGGGGUGAGGAUAUCCUUUGUGGAGCAGGGAUGACCACCGCAGGUGCAGGGGACCUUCGGAUGCGGCCAACUUGGUUUGUGGGAAACCUGCUCUGCGAGCCAGAAAGUGAAGAAAAUACCUAAGGACAAUGCAACUUAGGGACAGGAGCUGGAAGGAAACCACCUGUUUGGUUUUUGUGGGUUUGUUGUUUAUUUCCCUCCGUGCCCCCUUUCCUGAUCUUUUGCCUCCGUUCCCCAUCCCAGCCACUUUCUCCCAGUUUUCUAACAGGGCUCGGGGUUGAAGAGCAGGGAGGGAGUGCCUGGCCUUGCUGGGGCAGCUCCUCUGCUAGUCAGGGUACAGAAUUGGGUUUGUUUCACCGUCUUCAAACAGGUGUUUGGGAGGAGAAAAGCUCUCGCCGGUGGUUGCUGUUACAGUGAGAUAAUAAAGAUCUUGGUUCUAUUAA